GUAUAGAGCCUCAGCCAUACGGUAGUGAAGGCCAAAGGCUCAGGCGUAUCCACACAGCUCACAGAUUUUCGCUUUCUUGCUGCUCCGCUUUGCACAAGCGCGCGCUGUGAUUUCAGUACAUGUAUAACUGAAAAGCGCCUAGUCUCUCAUAUCAAAGCGAGCAAACUAUGGGCCAAUGCUCCAGCAGAAGAACGCUUCCGGGCCAGCAGCAGGAAGGCCGCCCGCGUGAAUCGGUGGAGUCUCAGGAGUCCGAGGAGGAGCACUGCACAGAGCUGGCGCCGACUGUGCCACGGCGGCGUGGUGUGGUCCUUGACAGCGCAUCGAGGGUGCAACCUGCAGUGCAAGCGCCUCGACUUGAGCAUGAGGAAUAUAAGCUCGCAGCCGUGCGGGGCAGCGUUGAUGACGCCACAUGCGCAGCGCUCUUGGCUCUGCGCCUCGGGCGCGGCAGCAGCGUGCGCGGGAUGAUGAAGGACGGCCGCACCUCCGACGCCUCUGAGGGGGCCAGCAGCUGCAGCCGAGCUAGCGGCAGCCAUGAUUCCAACGCGCGCGCGCAAGCAGGUAAAGCCGAACUUCACAGCAGCGCUCACCUAAGCCCGCUACCAGAGAACGAGUCUGUACUGCUCGCCAGCAAAACCGUGGGCAGCGAUAUGGAGGCCAGAAGCGAGGCACGGGGAGACCCGGCUGCGCAGCAGGGCGGUGACACCUGUACCCAGCACGACAACAACCCCGGCCAGGGGCACCAUGCGAGCGCAGGCACGGCGGGCGCAGAUGAGGCAAAGGCGGUUGUGCAUGGGUUUGCCCGGCUAGACGCGGCGUCCAAAAGGCGGCCGGUGGAUGCUGGUGACAUCUUUGAGGCGGAAUUGGGGCUGAUGCCCAAUUCGCUGUCGAUGGCGGUCACAGGCCCAGCGCCCAAGGUGCCCACACGCGCCUAAGCCGCGCCGAACCGCCGUACUACCGCUCGCGUUUGUGGUGCUGAUACAGCGGCCGGGGCGAGAGCUGUAAGAGCCACUUGCACCGCUGCGUGUGGGACGUAAUGCAUAGGCGGCUCCCCGUGGCGUGGCAUGGGCACACAUGGACCAUGUGGGUCAGGCGGUGCCAGUGCCAGUUAAUGGCACCAGCAAGUGGCGAAGCAACAAGAGGUUGGCUGUGGCUCAGGCAGUUCAGAGUCCGCGCCGCUGGCAUGGCUCCGGCGCGACAUGACGUGAUGCCCCGUCGCUUAGACAACCGAACAUGCGUUGGCACUAUGUAUUGGUAUGCUUUGGCGUACAGACCUACAGGGUGCAUGUGACUUUCAGUAAUGCAGCGGUAUGUUGUCGUUGUGACCGAGGUGAGCUUGCCCCCGCAUUGCCAGUACAGGCGGUUUGCGUGCGCGUGUGUAUGCCGGUGAAGGAGCAGGCAUCGAUGAGCGGUAGGGCUGCGUCAUUGUGGCCGCCGCGAUGCACAUGUGCACGAGGGGGUGGCAGGGCGGAGCGCUGUGCCUCGGUCGGCUAUGGCCUUGUUCCUUUGGGGCGAGCACUUUACACGGGGACAUCAUCGAUGCAACGUGUUUUCGAAGCGUCGGGUGGUGCCAUGAAGUAAUAAUACGCGGCAGUAUCGAGGGCCAGGCUGUUGUAUGUGGUUCUGCCAAGACGCCUCAGAAUUCGUGUGGCGUUCACCUGCAUGCCGUAUGCAUGUGGGGGCAACAGGGAGGCCAUCGCAGUGGUUGCCUACGGAGCAAUUGGGGCGCCGAGGUGGGCCCCGGGUGCAGGGGCGCCGCGCGGCGAUUUGACGAGCCCCUGCUCAUAGGCCAACACCAUAACACUCCGAAGGCGAGGGGUCUCGGAGCCUGUUCUGAGGCAAACUCUUACGAAGGACAGGUUGAAAGUAAUACGGUAGUGUCAUUAACGGCUAAAGUGCAGGCUUGCAAGCUAUAAGGGACGGAACUGGUUUUAUUGUGCUCGCGCGUGUUUCAGCUGCCUUUUAUGCCUAGCGUAGCGUUGAGCCGGAUGUGCACACAGGGCUCGGGGUUCUGGCGUCAUCCCCGGACGAGAGUUGAGGGGGAGUGUGCAGCGCGUGCUAUGCAUGCUUUAUGAUUGGCACACAUGCGUUUAAUUUUGUGGUUGCUAUUUGCGCGCGCAUGGGCACUCAUCGUGACGCAAUGCAAGCGCGCAUGGGCCAGAUGGGCAGGCCUCGACAAAGGAAAAGCAUGGAGAGAGACGUGGCGCAGUUGCGUGCAAACCUGUGGCACGACUUCCAAUAAAGCUGUUUGCAUACAAAUAAACAUACCCGCCAGGUGCUUUCAGAGGCGCUUGGGGCAGGGUUGCUUACUUCGUGUGGCUGAGAAAGGAGGAGCCAGGCAUGGCGGCGGCGCAUGAUUUUGGUGGCAUUCUAGGUGGCCUUACUCGUACGGGUUUUUUAAGACGCUGGGUGCAAGCAUCACUGCGAAGCGCCUAAAGUGGCCAGGCGUUAAUAAUAACAAGUGAUAAGUGGGGGCAACGUAUGGAGUUCGAGGACCAACAGCAAGCAAGCCAGAACAUGCUGCGCCAUUCAUGAAUGCGAUCGAUGCGCACAUAAUUAUGACGACUGCAAGGAGGAGUGCACCCUGCGGGGCGCGUGGGUGGAGUGGCAGGUGUGGUGGAGGGGGGCAGGCAAGGUAGUCCUGCAAGGGGAUGCUGACUUGACAGUCAUCCAUGUCUGGCAUCCAUGUGCAGGCGUUGCAUCCAUGGUUGCGGUAGUGCAUGUUUGCUGUGGGAGCAGCGGCAGGCAACUGUGCAUUUGUGCAAGGGCUGUAAUACGCCCAGCCCAGAGAAAUUGAUGCGUGCUGCGACAAGCAAGGGCCCUAAGGGGGGCUGCGCCCAAGCCGCAUUGGUGCAUCCUGGGUGCAUUGUCUGAAGGUUUCGCAACUA